AUCAGUGUUUCCGCUGUAACACAGGAUUACUGCUUGUGCAAACAAUUACAUCAUAAGUACACCCAAAGUCAAUGCUUUUAUUUAAGUUCAUCGUAUUUAAAUGAAUCUUCAGUAAAGCACAAAUUACAUUUAAAUAAAACCGCGUUGGAAUAACAAAUAAAACAAGACAGAAUACAUUUCAUUGUAUCUUUAAUGAUUCAUGGAUUAUAUAAAAUGAAUGAAAUUAAAUCAAUGAAAGUCAUCAUACUGGUGAUCACUGGAAUAAUCUGUUGCAUAUUAACAAAAGUACAACCAUAUCCUAUUGAACAAGAAAUUAGAAAUCUUCCAAUAGAACCACCAACAGGCGAAAGCGAUAAUGUAAUGAGUCAAACAAAAUACCAAGAUUUCUACCUUGGUGAUGAUCAUCAAAUGAAAGGAGACGCCAAUAGAGAAAACGAAAUUAUUUCAAAAUUAUACGAAGAAAACGAGCAAAACGAAGACGUGAACGUAAUCAAAAAAACAAAACUAAGCAGGAUACCAGAUGAACAAGAAGAAUACCAGGAAGCACAAGAGCUCAACGAGCACCAAAAUGAAAAUAAAGAAACAAGUGAAACAACAGAAAAAUAUACCGAAAAAAAUAAUAUUUCGAUACAGAUAGAAAACAAACGCGAGGCUCAAGAAAACAUAUUCCAUGAUAAAGACGGGAUCAUAAAACAAGAAGCAAAUUUGCACGUUCCGUCGGAAGCGGCUGACGUGUCUGUGAGUUCGGAUGUGAGUGGAGAGACACCUGUGUCAGAGGAAGUAUCUGUGCCUGCUCCAUCGGAAUCGGCUGACGUGUCUGUGAGUUUGGAUGUGAGUGGAGAGACACCUGUGUCAGAGGAAGUAUCUGUGCCUGCUCCAUCGGAAUCGGCUGACGUGUCUGUGAGUUUGGAUGUGAGUGGAGAGACACCUGUGUCAGAGGAAGUAUCUGUGCCUGCUCCAUCGGAAUCGGCUGACGUGUCUGUGAGUUUGGAUGUGAGUGGAGAGACACCUGUGUCAGAGGAAGUAUCUGUGCCUGCUCCAUCGGAAUCGGCUGACGUGUCUGUGAGUUUGGAUGUGAGUGGAGAGACACCUGUGUCAGAGGAAGUAUCUGUGCCUGCUCCAUCGGAAUCGGCUGACGUGUCUGUGAGUUUGGAUGUGAGUGGAGAGACACCUGUGUCAGAGGAAGUAUCUGUGCCUGCUCCAUCGGAAUCGGCUGACGUGUCUGUGAGUUUGGAUGUGAGUGGAGAGACACCUGUGUCAGAGGAAGUAUCUGUGCCUGCUCCAUCGGAAUCGGCUGACGUGUCUGUGAGUUUGGAUGUGAGUGGAGAGACACCUGUGUCAGAGGAAGUAUCUGUGCCUGCUCCAUCGGAAUCGGCUGACGUGUCUGUGAGUUUGGAUGUGAGUGGAGAGACACCUGUGUCAGAGGAAGUAUCUGUGCCUGCUCCAUCGGAAUCGGCUGACGUGUCUGUGAGUUUGGAUGUGAGUGGAGAGACACCUGUGUCAGAGGAAGUAUCUGUGCCUGCUCCAUCGGAAUCGGCUGACGUGUCUGUGAGUUUGGAUGUGAGUGGAGAGACACCUGUGUCAGAGGAAGUAUCUGUGCCUGCUCCAUCGGAAUCGGCUGACGUGUCUGUGAGUUUGGAUGUGAGUGGAGAGACACCUGUGUCAGAGGAAGUAUCUGUGCCUGCUCCAUCGGAAUCGGCUGACGUGUCUGUGAGUUUGGAUGUGAGUGGAGAGACACCUGUGUCAGAGGAAGUAUCUGUGCCUGCUCCAUCGGAAUCGGCUGACGUGUCUGUGAGUUUGGAUGUGAGUGGAGAGACACCUGUGUCAGAGGAAGUAUCUGUGCCUGCUCCAUCGGAAUCGGCUGACGUGUCUGUGAGUUUGGAUGUGAGUGGAGAGACACCUGUGUCAGAGGAAGUAUCUGUGCCUGCUCCAUCGGAAUCGGCUGACGUGUCUGUGAGUUUGGAUGUGAGUGGAGAGACACCUGUGUCAGAGGAAGUAUCUGUGCCUGCUCCAUCGGAAUCGGCUGACGUGUCUGUGAGUUUGGAUGUGAGUGGAGAGACACCUGUGUCAGAGGAAGUAUCUGUGCCUGCUCCAUCGGAAUCGGCUGACGUGUCUGUGAGUUUGGAUGUGAGUGGAGAGACACCUGUGUCAGAGGAAGUAUCUGUGCCUGCUCCAUCGGAAUCGGCUGACGUGUCUGUGAGUUUGGAUGUGAGUGGAGAGACACCUGUGUCAGAGGAAGUAUCUGUGCCUGCUCCAUCGGAAUCGGCUGACGUGUCUGUGAGUUUGGAUGUGAGUGGAGAGACACCUGUGUCAGAGGAAGUAUCUGUGCCUGCUCCAUCGGAAUCGGCUGACGUGUCUGUGAGUUUGGAUGUGAGUGGAGAGACACCUGUGUCAGAGGAAGUAUCUGUGCCUGCUCCAUCGGAAUCGGCUGACGUGUCUGUGAGUUUGGAUGUGAGUGGAGAGACACCUGUGUCAGAGGAAGUAUCUGUGCCUGCUCCAUCGGAAUCGGCUGACGUGUCUGUGAGUUUGGAUGUGAGUGGAGAGACACCUGUGUCAGAGGAAGUAUCUGUGCCUGCUCCAUCGGAAUCGGCUGACGUGUCUGUGAGUUUGGAUGUGAGUGGAGAGACACCUGUGUCAGAGGAAGUAUCUGUGCCUGCUCCAUCGGAAUCGGCUGACGUGUCUGUGAGUUUGGAUGUGAGUGGAGAGACACCUGUGUCAGAGGAAGUAUCUGUGCCUGCUCCAUCGGAAUCGGCUGACGUGUCUGUGAGUUUGGAUGUGAGUGGAGAGACACCUGUGUCAGAGGAAGUAUCUGUGCCUGCUCCAUCGGAAUCGGCUGACGUGUCUGUGAGUUUGGAUGUGAGUGGAGAGACACCUGUGUCAGAGGAAGUAUCUGUGCCUGCUCCAUCGGAAUCGGCUGACGUGUCUGUGAGUUUGGAUGUGAGUGGAGAGACACCUGUGUCAGAGGAAGUAUCUGUGCCUGCUCCAUCGGAAUCGGCUGACGUGUCUGUGAGUUUGGAUGUGAGUGGAGAGACACCUGUGUCAGAGGAAGUAUCUGUGCCUGCUCCAUCGGAAUCGGCUGACGUGUCUGUGAGUUUGGAUGUGAGUGGAGAGACACCUGUGUCAGAGGAAGUAUCUGUGCCUGCUCCAUCGGAAUCGGCUGACGUGUCUGUGAGUUUGGAUGUGAGUGGAGAGACACCUGUGUCAGAGGAAGUAUCUGUGCCUGCUCCAUCGGAAUCGGCUGACGUGUCUGUGAGUUUGGAUGUGAGUGGAGAGACACCUGUGUCAGAGGAAGUAUCUGUGCCUGCUCCAUCGGAAUCGGCUGACGUGUCUGUGAGUUUGGAUGUGAGUGGAGAGACACCUGUGUCAGAGGAAGUAUCUGUGCCUGCUCCAUCGGAAUCGGCUGACGUGUCUGUGAGUUUGGAUGUGAGUGGAGAGACACCUGUGUCAGAGGAAGUAUCUGUGCCUGCUCCAUCGGAAUCGGCUGACGUGUCUGUGAGUUUGGAUGUGAGUGGAGAGACACCUGUGUCAGAGGAAGUAUCUGUGCCUGCUCCAUCGGAAUCGGCUGACGUGUCUGUGAGUUUGGAUGUGAGUGGAGAGACACCUGUGUCAGAGGAAGUAUCUGUGCCUGCUCCAUCGGAAUCGGCUGACGUGUCUGUGAGUUUGGAUGUGAGUGGAGAGACACCUGUGUCAGAGGAAGUAUCUGUGCCUGCUCCAUCGGAAUCGGCUGACGUGUCUGUGAGUUUGGAUGUGAGUGGAGAGACACCUGUGUCAGAGGAAGUAUCUGUGCCUGCUCCAUCGGAAUCGGCUGACGUGUCUGUGAGUUUGGAUGUGAGUGGAGAGACACCUGUGUCAGAGGAAGUAUCUGUGCCUGCUCCAUCGGAAUCGGCUGACGUGUCUGUGAGUUUGGAUGUGAGUGGAGAGACACCUGUGUCAGAGGAAGUAUCUGUGCCUGCUCCAUCGGAAUCGGCUGACGUGUCUGUGAGUUUGGAUGUGAGUGGAGAGACACCUGUGUCAGAGGAAGUAUCUGUGCCUGCUCCAUCGGAAUCGGCUGACGUGUCUGUGAGUUUGGAUGUGAGUGGAGAGACACCUGUGUCAGAGGAAGUAUCUGUGCCUGCUCCAUCGGAAUCGGCUGACGUGUCUGUGAGUUUGGAUGUGAGUGGAGAGACACCUGUGUCAGAGGAAGUAUCUGUGCCUGCUCCAUCGGAAUCGGCUGACGUGUCUGUGAGUUUGGAUGUGAGUGGAGAGACACCUGUGUCAGAGGAAGUAUCUGUGCCUGCUCCAUCGGAAUCGGCUGACGUGUCUGUGAGUUUGGAUGUGAGUGGAGAGACACCUGUGUCAGAGGAAGUAUCUGUGCCUGCUCCAUCGGAAUCGGCUGACGUGUCUGUGAGUUUGGAUGUGAGUGGAGAGACACCUGUGUCAGAGGAAGUAUCUGUGCCUGCUCCAUCGGAAUCGGCUGACGUGUCUGUGAGUUUGGAUGUGAGUGGAGAGACACCUGUGUCAGAGGAAGUAUCUGUGCCUGCUCCAUCGGAAUCGGCUGACGUGUCUGUGAGUUUGGAUGUGAGUGGAGAGACACCUGUGUCAGAGGAAGUAUCUGUGCCUGCUCCAUCGGAAUCGGCUGACGUGUCUGUGAGUUUGGAUGUGAGUGGAGAGACACCUGUGUCAGAGGAAGUAUCUGUGCCUGCUCCAUCGGAAUCGGCUGACGUGUCUGUGAGUUUGGAUGUGAGUGGAGAGACACCUGUGUCAGAGGAAGUAUCUGUGCCUGCUCCAUCGGAAUCGGCUGACGUGUCUGUGAGUUUGGAUGUGAGUGGAGAGACACCUGUGUCAGAGGAAGUAUCUGUGCCUGCUCCAUCGGAAUCGGCUGACGUGUCUGUGAGUUUGGAUGUGAGUGGAGAGACACCUGUGUCAGAGGAAGUAUCUGUGCCUGCUCCAUCGGAAUCGGCUGACGUGUCUGUGAGUUUGGAUGUGAGUGGAGAGACACCUGUGUCAGAGGAAGUAUCUGUGCCUGCUCCAUCGGAAUCGGCUGACGUGUCUGUGAGUUUGGAUGUGAGUGGAGAGACACCUGUGUCAGAGGAAGUAUCUGUGCCUGCUCCAUCGGAAUCGGCUGACGUGUCUGUGAGUUUGGAUGUGAGUGGAGAGACACCUGUGUCAGAGGAAGUAUCUGUGCCUGCUCCAUCGGAAUCGGCUGACGUGUCUGUGAGUUUGGAUGUGAGUGGAGAGACACCUGUGUCAGAGGAAGUAUCUGUGCCUGCUCCAUCGGAAUCGGCUGACGUGUCUGUGAGUUUGGAUGUGAGUGGAGAGACACCUGUGUCAGAGGAAGUAUCUGUGCCUGCUCCAUCGGAAUCGGCUGACGUGUCUGUGAGUUUGGAUGUGAGUGGAGAGACACCUGUGUCAGAGGAAGUAUCUGUGCCUGCUCCAUCGGAAUCGGCUGACGUGUCUGUGAGUUUGGAUGUGAGUGGAGAGACACCUGUGUCAGAGGAAGUAUCUGUGCCUGCUCCAUCGGAAUCGGCUGACGUGUCUGUGAGUUUGGAUGUGAGUGGAGAGACACCUGUGUCAGAGGAAGUAUCUGUGCCUGCUCCAUCGGAAUCGGCUGACGUGUCUGUGAGUUUGGAUGUGAGUGGAGAGACACCUGUGUCAGAGGAAGUAUCUGUGCCUGCUCCAUCGGAAUCGGCUGACGUGUCUGUGAGUUUGGAUGUGAGUGGAGAGACACCUGUGUCAGAGGAAGUAUCUGUGCCUGCUCCAUCGGAAUCGGCUGACGUGUCUGUGAGUUUGGAUGUGAGUGGAGAGACACCUGUGUCAGAGGAAGUAUCUGUGCCUGCUCCAUCGGAAUCGGCUGACGUGUCUGUGAGUUUGGAUGUGAGUGGAGAGACACCUGUGUCAGAGGAAGUAUCUGUGCCUGCUCCAUCGGAAUCGGCUGACGUGUCUGUGAGUUUGGAUGUGAGUGGAGAGACACCUGUGUCAGAGGAAGUAUCUGUGCCUGCUCCAUCGGAAUCGGCUGACGUGUCUGUGAGUUUGGAUGUGAGUGGAGAGACACCUGUGUCAGAGGAAGUAUCUGUGCCUGCUCCAUCGGAAUCGGCUGACGUGUCUGUGAGUUUGGAUGUGAGUGGAGAGACACCUGUGUCAGAGGAAGUAUCUGUGCCUGCUCCAUCGGAAUCGGCUGACGUGUCUGUGAGUUUGGAUGUGAGUGGAGAGACACCUGUGUCAGAGGAAGUAUCUGUGCCUGCUCCAUCGGAAUCGGCUGACGUGUCUGUGAGUUUGGAUGUGAGUGGAGAGACACCUGUGUCAGAGGAAGUAUCUGUGCCUGCUCCAUCGGAAUCGGCUGACGUGUCUGUGAGUUUGGAUGUGAGUGGAGAGACACCUGUGUCAGAGGAAGUAUCUGUGCCUGCUCCAUCGGAAUCGGCUGACGUGUCUGUGAGUUUGGAUGUGAGUGGAGAGACACCUGUGUCAGAGGAAGUAUCUGUGCCUGCUCCAUCGGAAUCGGCUGACGUGUCUGUGAGUUUGGAUGUGAGUGGAGAGACACCUGUGUCAGAGGAAGUAUCUGUGCCUGCUCCAUCGGAAUCGGCUGACGUGUCUGUGAGUUUGGAUGUGAGUGGAGAGACACCUGUGUCAGAGGAAGUAUCUGUGCCUGCUCCAUCGGAAUCGGCUGACGUGUCUGUGAGUUUGGAUGUGAGUGGAGAGACACCUGUGUCAGAGGAAGUAUCUGUGCCUGCUCCAUCGGAAUCGGCUGACGUGUCUGUGAGUUUGGAUGUGAGUGGAGAGACACCUGUGUCAGAGGAAGUAUCUGUGCCUGCUCCAUCGGAAUCGGCUGACGUGUCUGUGAGUUUGGAUGUGAGUGGAGAGACACCUGUGUCAGAGGAAGUAUCUGUGCCUGCUCCAUCGGAAUCGGCUGACGUGUCUGUGAGUUUGGAUGUGAGUGGAGAGACACCUGUGUCAGAGGAAGUAUCUGUGCCUGCUCCAUCGGAAUCGGCUGACGUGUCUGUGAGUUUGGAUGUGAGUGGAGAGACACCUGUGUCAGAGGAAGUAUCUGUGCCUGCUCCAUCGGAAUCGGCUGACGUGUCUGUGAGUUUGGAUGUGAGUGGAGAGACACCUGUGUCAGAGGAAGUAUCUGUGCCUGCUCCAUCGGAAUCGGCUGACGUGUCUGUGAGUUUGGAUGUGAGUGGAGAGACACCUGUGUCAGAGGAAGUAUCUGUGCCUGCUCCAUCGGAAUCGGCUGACGUGUCUGUGAGUUUGGAUGUGAGUGGAGAGACACCUGUGUCAGAGGAAGUAUCUGUGCCUGCUCCAUCGGAAUCGGCUGACGUGUCUGUGAGUUUGGAUGUGAGUGGAGAGACACCUGUGUCAGAGGAAGUAUCUGUGCCUGCUCCAUCGGAAUCGGCUGACGUGUCUGUGAGUUUGGAUGUGAGUGGAGAGACACCUGUGUCAGAGGAAGUAUCUGUGCCUGCUCCAUCGGAAUCGGCUGACGUGUCUGUGAGUUUGGAUGUGAGUGGAGAGACACCUGUGUCAGAGGAAGUAUCUGUGCCUGCUCCAUCGGAAUCGGCUGACGUGUCUGUGAGUUUGGAUGUGAGUGGAGAGACACCUGUGUCAGAGGAAGUAUCUGUGCCUGCUCCAUCGGAAUCGGCUGACGUGUCUGUGAGUUUGGAUGUGAGUGGAGAGACACCUGUGUCAGAGGAAGUAUCUGUGCCUGCUCCAUCGGAAUCGGCUGACGUGUCUGUGAGUUUGGAUGUGAGUGGAGAGACACCUGUGUCAGAGGAAGUAUCUGUGCCUGCUCCAUCGGAAUCGGCUGACGUGUCUGUGAGUUUGGAUGUGAGUGGAGAGACACCUGUGUCAGAGGAAGUAUCUGUGCCUGCUCCAUCGGAAUCGGCUGACGUGUCUGUGAGUUUGGAUGUGAGUGGAGAGACACCUGUGUCAGAGGAAGUAUCUGUGCCUGCUCCAUCGGAAUCGGCUGACGUGUCUGUGAGUUUGGAUGUGAGUGGAGAGACACCUGUGUCAGAGGAAGUAUCUGUGCCUGCUCCAUCGGAAUCGGCUGACGUGUCUGUGAGUUUGGAUGUGAGUGGAGAGACACCUGUGUCAGAGGAAGUAUCUGUGCCUGCUCCAUCGGAAUCGGCUGACGUGUCUGUGAGUUUGGAUGUGAGUGGAGAGACACCUGUGUCAGAGGAAGUAUCUGUGCCUGCUCCAUCGGAAUCGGCUGACGUGUCUGUGAGUUUGGAUGUGAGUGGAGAGACACCUGUGUCAGAGGAAGUAUCUGUGCCUGCUCCAUCGGAAUCGGCUGACGUGUCUGUGAGUUUGGAUGUGAGUGGAGAGACACCUGUGUCAGAGGAAGUAUCUGUGCCUGCUCCAUCGGAAUCGGCUGACGUGUCUGUGAGUUUGGAUGUGAGUGGAGAGACACCUGUGUCAGAGGAAGUAUCUGUGCCUGCUCCAUCGGAAUCGGCUGACGUGUCUGUGAGUUUGGAUGUGAGUGGAGAGACACCUGUGUCAGAGGAAGUAUCUGUGCCUGCUCCAUCGGAAUCGGCUGACGUGUCUGUGAGUUUGGAUGUGAGUGGAGAGACACCUGUGUCAGAGGAAGUAUCUGUGCCUGCUCCAUCGGAAUCGGCUGACGUGUCUGUGAGUUUGGAUGUGAGUGGAGAGACACCUGUGUCAGAGGAAGUAUCUGUGCCUGCUCCAUCGGAAUCGGCUGACGUGUCUGUGAGUUUGGAUGUGAGUGGAGAGACACCUGUGUCAGAGGAAGUAUCUGUGCCUGCUCCAUCGGAAUCGGCUGACGUGUCUGUGAGUUUGGAUGUGAGUGGAGAGACACCUGUGUCAGAGGAAGUAUCUGUGCCUGCUCCAUCGGAAUCGGCUGACGUUUCUUUGCGUCAUGAUAUGCAUACGGUAACUGUGGUUAAUCAUUUGGUUUCGUCAAGGGAUUCUGCUUCGUCUUUGGAUGUUGCCUCGGCUGAUGAUAUCGAUUGGGUUCGCGGUGUUUCUGAAUCUCUCAUGGUUACUGAGUCGUCUUUCUCGUCCUCUUCAGUUUCUGAUUUCACAUUUCCUGUGAACAGCGAGUUUCCUAUCACUGUUUUAUCUUCUCCUCAAUCUUUUUUCGUUACUCCUUCUACGGAUAUAUCUCCAACUUCUUCUGCCUUUCAGUCAACAGUUUCUCAGUCGAUAUACUCCUCGGCAUCUGCUUCCUCCAUGGGUAAUUUUUCUAUUGUGACUGCUCCUGAUAUUAUUGAUCCUGUAACCGAUGUACAUCUUGCCUCCACCACUUCAUCUCCGUCCGCAAUAUAUCCUGAUGGCAUUAAUAAUUUGAAAUCAACUCAGGUUCCGUUGUCUGGUAUUGUUAAAAUUAUAGAUGAUGAAUAUUUUCAGUACGGUGAUGGUCUGCAUGUUAAUAAAAUGUCUACUUCCCUACCGGUCACUACAACUUCAAGCUAUAGUGUGAAAAACAGUAUUCGUAUGAAUAUUGUAAAUGUAGCUCAAAGCAAUAAACUUGAAUUUAAACAAGGCUUUACAAUGGGUUUUAUUUUAUUGUGUAUUCUAAUGAUCAUGCUUAUCUUAUCAGUCAUCCUUUUUCUCGUCUGGAUGCGUCAUCGACGUAGCAAGUACUCUGGAACUAUUACUUUAACACACAUUGAAGAAAAUGAUAACGACACCUCGACUUCAAGGUUAUCAAGGCAUAAAUAUAAAACUAAAAGAAUUAAACAUGAAGCAUUUGCAACUGAAGAACAACUUGUCAACGAAGAAGAUCAGAAUUCAACAUCUAGACUGAAAGUAACACCAGCGCUACAAAAACGUCUUGAACUGCGUAGGAAACAACACGAAAGAGCUAAGUUGUUAGCUCAAGAAUCUCUACUAUCCACUGGUGAUAAUGAUCCGUGUGAUUGUGGAUUUAAUUUACGAUCUGCCAGUCCUGAACAUUUAUGCUUAACAGCGAAUCCAGACAAGGAUGUUGUAUUAGUCGGUGCAUGGCGUAGACAAAGUGCUGAUAGUAGUAGUGAUAAUGCUGCACAUUUAAAUCAUGAUGGACAACACUCUGCUGUAUACGACAAUGAUAGAUCAGAACGAUGUAUAAACUCGCUUUCAAUGGUCAAUGCUAAUUCAAUCGGUCCGAAUGAAAUAACGCAAGAUUAUUCUGAUAAAACAUUGAGGAAGCCUAGUAUAAAUUCAAAAGCAUGGAAGUAUAUUGAUGAAAAUUAAUAUUACUGUAAGCUUUGAAGUAAAUUUUACCUUCUUUCAACUAAUAAUAUAUAUACGUCAUUUUCUCAAAGUCAAUCUUUUCGCUUUUCUUAUUUGUUGAUCAUGGUUUAGUGUUAGGUAAGUCUAUUGUCUAGAUAGGUAUAACAUUGUCUGCUUCGAUUCAUGUUGCUUUCUGCGAAUAUACAAACAUAUGAGUUUCAAAAUUUACGCAUUUGUAAACAGCUAAUACUUUUACCAAUGUUAUUUACUUAAGUUUGAUAAAAGUCCUAUUUUCUGCCUCUUAUUUACAUUGAAACCCCCUAUCGUUGAUAGUAAAAUAGUAGUUUUCGUUAUUUUGCUUUUUAUGAACAAGAACGACGUCUGAUCAAAUUUAAUUUUGCCGCCAGAUUCUUUAGUUGUUAUCGUAUGUACUUUUUUUAAACAGAACAACUACAGCAGCAACAACAACAACAACAAAAAACUCAACAACUAUUGAAUUGAAACUAUCUCUAUUGUUUUCUAGUUAGUUCUUCACUCUUGCAUCGUUCAAUUUUCCAAUAUGUUAAACUUCCAAACUAGUGCCAGUGUGUGUUCAGUGGAACUGUAUUUAUUAUAUAUUUGCAUCUAAUAAUGUACUUUGAAAAAAUAUAUUUUAUAAUUUAUGUAAUUAUGGUAAACUGUGAAUAAACGUAUGAUUCUUUUGGGAAAAUGAGUUUCCAGUAUUUUAUCUUUGGCGUAUGUAGUCAGAUAUUGGAGUCGGGGGUGAGGGAUUGUUUUGGUUGAGACUUGAACCCUAGACCCAUAAUUUCAAACGCCAGUCGGAACACUGUUGCUCACUGGGCAUGCAGAUACAUCCCUCUAUUGUUAAAAUUCUCUAUGGUUCCGAG